GCAGCAAGUCAGUUAGUUGUGCACAAAGCUUAACUUUGUUGGCUUAAUUGAAGAUGCUGCUCAAACUUUUCAUGAGUUCUAAUUGAAAACAGCACAGCGUAGAGCAAUAAAAACCAGAACUUGAGCCUCCUGCCAACAAUAGGCCCUGUCAAGAGCCACAGAUCCAGAUUGCGUGUCAGUGAAACACUGCACUGCCUUAGAGUAGUGUCCAAGACUAUUGGGUACUGAUGGACGUUUCCGACAGCCCUGAGCGAAACCCCUGCUCUCCUGAUGAAGAGGACCAGCAUCUUUCUGAUGACGAAGUCCUGAAGGAGAGUGGUUCAGACCGGGAACUUGAUGGAGAGGGUGGGCAAGGCAGCGUCCUGGGAGAGGAGGAGGAGGAUGCAGCCAGGGGACUGAGUCAUGGUGAAGAAGAGAACCACUCGGAUGAAGAGGAUCGCUUAAGCGAAACCAAGUCUCAGGAGUCUGACAACAACGAGCAGAGUGGGGAGCUGAAGAGCCCUCCGCCUCGCAAAGGAGAGGAGGAAGACCGGACAAAUGACCUUGGUGAUGAAGCAUCCUCUGUCACCCGCGAACUAGAUGAGCACGAGUUGGACUAUGAUGAGGAAGUUCCUGAGGAACCAAGUGCUGCUGCUGCAGAGGAGGAUGGUGAGAAAGCUGCUGGUGAGGAUGAUGAGGAAGAGGAGAAAGGAGAUGAUGCCCAUGAAGAUGAGAAAAAAUCCAGCAGUAAAAGUGACGAUGAAAAGGAUGGCCAGGAUCCCCUCAAGGAGAAGAAGAAAGAAGAAGAUGAUGGAGAAAUUGAUGAUGGAGAAAUUGAUGAUGAUGACUUAGAAGAAGGAGAAGUUAAAGACCCCAGUGACAGAAAAGUGAGGCCACGUCCCACCUGCCGAUUUUUCAUGAAAGGUCACUGUACUUGGGGCAUGAACUGUCGAUUUAUUCACCCUGGCGUGAAUGACAAAGGAAACUACUCCUUGAUCUCCAAGCCUGAGCCCUUCUCCCCAAACGGUGCUCCACCUAUCGGCCCCCACCCACUGAUGCCAGCCAACCCUUGGGGAGGGCCAGUUGUUGAUGAAAUCUUACCUCCACCCCCUCCAGACCCUCCAACAGAAAGUGCCUGGGAGAGAGGACUCCGGCAUGCUAAAGAGGUGUUAAAAAAGGCAACUAUGAGAAAAGAACAGGAGCCUGACUUUGAGGAGAAGAGGUUCACUGUGACUAUUGGAGAAGAUGAGCGUGAAUUUGACAAAGAAAACGAGUUUUUCCGCGACUGGAAUUACCGCAUCACCAGAGACGUCAGAGAUCCAGCGGAGGUGGACAUCAAAGAAAACAUUAACUAUGGGCUUGAUCCCUAUACAGAUCCCUAUUAUGACUAUGAAAUAGAACGGUUCUGGCGUGGUGGGCAGUAUGAGAAUUUCAGGGUUCAGUAUACAGACCCAGAUCCAUACCGUAACUACAGAGUAAGUAAGGAAAGAGAGCGAGAACGGGAAAGGGAAAGAGAGAACAGACAACGAGAAAGGGAACGCGAGAGGGAGCGGGAACGCGAGCGAGAGCGGCGCCAGCGGGAGCGAGAACGGGAAAGGGAACGGGAGCGUGACAAGGAGCGCCAGCGGCGGAAAGAAGAGUGGGAACGUGAGAGAGAACGAGUGAAGAGAGAUGAAAAAGACAGGCAGCACAGGGACCGGGACAGGGACCGAGACCGGGACAGGGACCGGGAACGUGAAAAGGAGAAAGAAAAACCAAAGCCCCGAUCCCCGCUGCUACCAAGCCGUCAGCCUGAGCCACCAAAGAAGGAGAAGGAGGCAACCACAAUUACCACCACUCAGUCGAAGAGAGCAGAUGAAUGGAAGGACCCCUGGCGCCGAUCCAAGUCCCCCAAAAAGAAACUUGGUGUGUCUGUGUCUCCCAGCCGUGCGCGUAGGCGCCGAAAAACCUCUGCUUCUUCAGCAUCUGCUUCUGGCUCUUCAAGGUCCUCUUCUCGUUCAUCCACCUAUUCUGGUUCAGGUUCCUCGCGAUCUCGUUCCAGAUCAUCUUCUUACAGCUCUUACUCUAGUCGCUCUUCAAGACACAGCUCUUUCUCAGGCAGCAGGUCCAGAUCACGGUCCUUCUCAUCUUCACCCUCUCCUUCUCCAACACCGUCUCCACAUAAGCCGCUUGCAAAAGCUAAAGGGGAGUUAUUACCACCUGCUGGUAAAGGUGAAAAAUCUGUGAAGAAACUAGCUGCCCUUCCAGUCCCUCAGCCACUCACUAAAAUUACAACAGCUGCACCAGAGCCAGCCAAACCAGGGGAUAAUCGAGAGGCAAGAAGGAAGGAACGUCAGACAAGGACUCCACCCAGGAGGCGGACUAUCAGCGGCAGCAUCAGUGGCAGUGCCAGCAGCUACAGUGGUUCCAGUUCCCGAUCUAGGUCCUUGUCUCGGUCUCUCUCCAGAUCUCAUUCCAGAUCAUCAUCUGCCUCAGUCUCCCACUCCCCAUCUGGGUCCAGGAAAUCCAGGUCCCUGAGCGUGAGCAGCGUUUCUUCUGUCUCUAGUGCCUCCUCUAGCAGCAGCUCUGUACGCAGCGCCGACUCCGAAGACAUGUACGCAGACUUGGCCAGUCCUGUUUCCUCAGCCAGCUCCCGAUCCCCAACCCCAGCGCAGCAGAAGAAAGGUAGAGGAAAGUCAAAAAAAGAAGAUAGCGCUAAAGAGGAGAAGCGGAAACGGGAUGUGCCUGCUCAGCUCCUGAAAUCAGCCAAGACCACCCAGGGGAGCAAAUCGCAGCAGCUCCUCCAGACCCAGCAGCCCUCAGCCCCCCAGUCUCAGCAAGGGGGCUUCAGCGCUCACAAAGAGAUCAAACUGACGCUUUUGAAUAAGGCAGCUGACAAAGGAAGCAGGAAGAGAUACGAGCCAGCAGACAAAGACAGGCCGACCUCUCCUCCAGCCAAACGGGCGAACCUGUCACCUGACAGAGGCUCUCGUGACAGGAAGGCAACCGGGAGACUCUCUUCACCCAAGCAAGAGCGACAGAGAGGCCAGAACCCGAAACCUUCUCCUGCACAGACAGACAGGAAACGCCAGCUCUCGCCUCAGUCCAAGAGCUCCAGCAAAGUCACGAGCGUACCGGGCAAAGCAUCCGAGCCAGGCCCCACGGGUGCCAAGGCGGGCAAGUCCAGCACCCUGUCGCGACGGGAGGAGCUCCUGAAGCAGCUUAAGGCGGUGGAAGAUGCCAUCGCUCGCAAGCGGGCCAAAAUCCCGGGGAAAGUAUAGUGGGCCGUGCGCGGAGCGCCGCUCUGCCCUUUAGUGACUGUUCAUGUUUUUAUAAAUAGUGUAAAAGCGGCCA